CCAUAUCUAUUGAACACAUAUGGAACCAAAUUUUCUCUUCAAAUAGUUCAUUCCUUAUAACUAAAAUUCAAGUAUCCCUAACUACUGUCCACACUCUCCAGUCCCACCAUCUCCUUUAAGGCUUUUAACUCCUUUCUUUUCUCUUUUCCCCAAUCCUUUCUCUCUUUCCUUACUCUGGGUUUGGGCGUAGAAAAGCAAGCAACCACCAUCAACCAUCAUCUCUGUCUCCUCUUCUCUCUCUCUCGAUUCACAUUUCUCUCUCACACAAAGCACGAAGAAAAUGUCUCCAAACCCUCUUCACCAUGGCUGCUGCUGCUUCUUCUUCGCCUUAUUCUUCGUUCUCCCCGCCGUGCCCGCACUGCCCCAACCAGACUCAUCUUCGAUCCAGCCCUUCCUUCCCAUUAAAGCUCCUCCAUCCACGAUCCCAGCCUUCCCCGAACAAUCCGACGUCGCUGGCUGCCCACUAGACCUCCCCGAUGAGCUCUUCCAGAGUAUAAGCAAGGCUUGCGGGGGGAGUGACAACAAAGUUCAUCCUUCAGCAGGUCUGAAACGGAGCCGCUGCUGUCCCGUGCUAGCCGCUUGGCUCUACUCUGCUUAUUCUGUAACGGCUCUGGGGCGGGCGGCCAGAAUGCCCGCCCAGCCAUACGACUUGCCCAUGCUACCAGAUGACUCGGAGACGUGUGUGGGCAGCCUGGAGAAUGCAUUAAAAGGGAAGGGAAUUGAGUUGUUCCGGCCAAACGCGACUUGUGACUUGGUGUACUGUUAUUGUGGUAUAAGGCUGCGUCCAUGGAGCUGUCCUAAUGCGUUUUCAGUGUCCAAGGAAGGCAACCUGCUUGGUGGUGACACUGUGAAGAAGCUUGAGAAGGAUUGCUUAAGUAUCAAUGGCUACACUAAUCUUUCUGGGUGUUCCAAGUGCUUGAACAGACUCUACCAGCUUAACGAGCACAACAGUGGGAAUUCCAGUAAGUCAGAGUCGGACAGGAUCGCCAAGAUGCGGAACAGAGACUGUGGUUUCAUGGGUCUGACGUGGCUGCUCUCCAAGAACCGAACUGCGUACAUUCCCACAGUAUCUGCAGUACUCAGGGCCCUCAUGAUGAGCACCAACGGCUCAGAUCCUCAGUCAUGUUCUCUAAAGGGUGAUGGGAUGCCCCUACCCGUUGAUUCAUCUGAGCUGGACGGUCAAUCUUCCGCCACCAUCCUUCCAUAUCCUCUCGGACUUAUCAUUGUAUCACUUUCUUUGUUUUUUAAUGUUUGUAUGAUCUCAUCCUUCCAGUUUUACUUUUGACUUUUCUACUUUUGUUCUUUUUAUUUUAAGCUUAGACUGGAAGUUCCCCCCCCCCCCCCUGUAAUUUUGUCCGUUUCUGUCUUUUGUGUAUCUAUCAAUCUCAUGGAUAGAAGUAUAAUUUCACUUUUUGUCGUUUAUUGCAA